AGCAAUGUAGACGCUUCUCAAAUUACGAGAAACACUCAUCUGGUGGUAAUAAGUCCUAAGGAGAAUUGCUCGGAAUUGGUGAGACUCUCACAAGUGUCCCCGUCGAAGUACUCGAAAGUCAUCGCGAAGGCAGACACCACAAAUGGAUCGGAGAUACAAGGCACAAGUGAACAUGAAAAAACAAUGCAAAAAAGCAGUACUGAGUCAUGCGAGAAUGAAAAAAAUUCUUUGUUUAUGAAGAAUUUUCAGAGCACAAUACAGUCGGAGACACUUGUUUCUUCUGGCAUGGACAGCUCGGUGGGGUGUAACACUCUGCUGCAGUGCCACAUGUGCGGCGAUCGAGGUUUCACGACAGAGAGAUUGAAGGAACACCUGAAAACUCAUCGCGGUGCCAAAGAGUUUGAGUGUUCGGAAUGUUCCCAACGAUUCUGUACAAAUGGCGGCCUCAGCAGGCAUAUGAAGAUGCACACAAAGCAGCGGUGGAAAUGCACGACCUGCCAGAAGACACUGGGCAGCAAACAGCAAUUGAAAUUUCACAAUAAAAUGCAUACCGAGUCUUGGAAUGUUUCAUCCACGGAACCAGACAGUUCUCAGAAAGAUCUUACUUCCUCGAACCCCGGCCUAUCGGAGCUAAUGACAACGCUGUAUAUGCGAGAUCCGAACCCGUCGGUUUCCGAGAAGGUUUUGAUGGCCGCAGUCGCUGAGAGAAAAAGCAUUGACCGCGUUGAUGAGAAUGCGGAGAAAAAAGAGACGAGGGAAUACAUUAAUAAGUGCAAGUACUGUCCGAAAACUUUCCGUAAACCGAGCGAUCUUAUCAGGCACAUUCGCACGCAUACGGGCGAACGACCGUACAAGUGCGAUCACUGCAACAAGAGCUUCGCAGUCAAGUGCACUUUGGAUGCGCAUAUGAAGGUUCACACGGGAAAGAAGACGUUCUGCUGCCACGUCUGUAGCAGCAUGUUCGCUACGAAGGGCAGUUUGAAGGUCCACAUGCGAUUGCAUACGGGUUCGAAACCAUUCAAAUGUUCCGUGUGCGAUCUACGAUUCCGCACUUCGGGACACAAGAAGGUACACAUGCGGAAACACGCGAGGGAAUUUAUGUCCCUUAUAGGCGGCACGAAGCGCAAGUCGAAGCAUUCGAAGAUUGCUGCGGUGGCGGAAGCGGUGGCCAGCCUCGAAAAAGUCGGCAAUAGUUCUCUGGAUAAUGCGUCGACGACAAUGACGACGACCCCUGCCAUGAUCAACGAGACUGCGUCAUCGCAGAAUCUGGAUUAUCCCGCGUUGGAACAGACAGUGAAUCUCGGUACUACGGUUCAUCUGCCGAAUCAAAUCGCGUUUGACCACGCCGACGCGACGACGGCAACGAUUCUCAACAACAAUUCUAUGCUGUCCGUGAACGAGAACAACGAGCUGGUGGCGAAUCUGCAGUUCCUGCUGGCGAACGGUCUCGUUACCAUUCAAACGGACGACAUCCUGCUGACGCAGCCGGCGACAAACGGUUCCGAUACCACCGGCGUCGGAGUGCCAACCAAUGUGAUCGAGUUAGUCAAUCCGGAUCCUUUCCAGGAAGCUUGCGACCUGGGUAACGCUGAUCACAUGCUGAUAACCAACCAAGUGUUGACGGAGACGACAACUGCGGACACGAGCAACGCGACAGUUACUCAGAUGAACAAUUGUAUGCCUCCUGUAUCCGUACAGAUGCAGACUCAAGACACCGGCGCCGGGGUAUCUGAAGUGAGGACGAGCGAUCGAACGAUGACGAUGGCAACGACGAUGCCGGCAACGGCGACGACGACGGUGAAGGCUUCGACGCAGCCUUCAAGGAAGGAGUGCGACGUGUGCGGCAAAACGUUCAUGAAGCCGUAUCAGAUGGAACGGCACAAGCGUAUUCACACGGGGGAACGGCCGUACAAGUGCGAGCAAUGCGGCAAGUCGUUCGCGCAGAAGUUUACGUUGCAGCUACACCAGAACCAUCACACCGGUGAUCGGCCGUACUCCUGCCCGCACUGCAAGCAUUUAUUCACGCAAAAGUGCAACCUGCAGACGCAUCUGAGACGCGUCCACCAGCUGGUCAUGCUCGACGUCAAGAAGCUAAAGAGUGGCCAGCAGAUGUUGGGCGCGCUUCUACAGGACAAUCAAGGCAGCGAUACCAAGCUACUAAACCUGGACGACAUACUGGUGGUGGAUUUUCUCAAGUAAACGUUUUCUAAAAAGUUUCAAAAGAAGUCUCUUCGAGAAAAUCAAUCUUGUGAUCCGAGCAAAUUGCUCGUAGGUGUGUAAUACAAUGUACUAAUUACAAAUGUGCCGCAAAUGAGUUCACAGACGAUUAAAUACUACGCUUCCAAAUAGUGAACAGAUCUGAAGAGAAAAGAGAUUUCGUACGUUAAUCGUUAAUUAUAAUGAUAAAAGCUGUGAUGUAUUUUGCGUAUCGCUAAUGCUGUAACAAUAUGCUCGAGAUGUAAUUUAAUACCAUUCGUUUAGUCGA